GCGGGUGUCAUGGCGUCCGGGGGGGAUGGCGGGAGUGGGCGCGGAGCCGCUGAGGGGAUGGAGCCGUCGAGGGGAGAAGGCGUUGAGCGUGCGGGUACCGGGGGCAGCGAGAGCGGCUCGUCCGCCACUUCGCCGUCCGCGAGCUCCGAUGACCUUGAACCUGAAUGGUUGGAUGGUGUGCAGAAAAAUGGGGAAUUAUUUUAUUUAGAAUUGAGUGAAAGUGAGGAAGAAACUCUGCUUCAGAACAGCUGUCCAGAAAUGCCAGCAGUGAAUCAUGUCAGGUUUCGUGAAAAUGAAGCUGAAGUUAUUCAAGAGGGAUCACGAAAAGAAAGAAAGUAUGAACUGAAGAAAUUGACCAAAAUAUUAAAAAAGAAGAAUCUUUUACCAAAGCAUUCUGAUAAGAAAGGCAGUGGAAGCUGUAAUGUGCACUCCACUGGUCCUACUUCCAUAUUGAAACACCAGUCUGCUCAGAAAAUGGGUGUCACUGUGCAGCAAAAAUACAAAGAUGUAUAUGUUUAUGUAAAUCCCAGAAAACUGUACAGCACUGAAGAAGAUGAGCAGCACAGGCUGCUGGAGGCCUUAGUAGGGAUUGUCCAUCAGUCUUCAUGGAGCAGAAGAGCGGAAAAACAAGGCAGGAAGAAUAAAGUCAUCAGAGGAAUCAGUGAAGAGAAGCUUGUAGUACAUGGCUUAGUGCCAGGUAGUUCAGCAAUGAAAACAGGUCAAAUCUUGAUUGGAGAUGCUCUAGUUGCUGUAAAUGAUGUUGACGUGAAUUCUGAAAACAUAGAAAGGGUUUUGUCUUGCAUUCCAGGUCCUAUGCAGGUUAAACUUACAUUUGAAACAUCAAUAUUUGAGCCUGAAGGAACUUCUCAGCAAGGGUAUAAACGAGCACAGUCAAGUAUGAACAAUCUGGUUCGGCUCUUGUGGGGAGAAGAUAGUACAGACCUUCAACAGGCUAUACAAGAUGUGCCUCAUAUUGUGAUGUUCCUCACACUGAAACUGGACUCUGAAACGUCUAAGGAUGAGCAAGAAAUUCUUUAUCAGUACCCCAUAUCAGAAGCAUCCCAAAAACUGAAAAGUGUGAGAGGAAUAUUUCUCACACUAUCUGACAUACUGGAAAGUGUUACUGGUACCCAGAUUAUCAGUUCCUCCCUUUUCUUAUGCGGAAAACUGGUUCAAGUUGUUUACUGGAAAGAAUCUGACAAGUUGCUUGUAAUUGGCCUUCCUGAAGAAAAUGUGCCACUUGCUCAGCUGAGGAACAUGAUUGAAGAUGUUGUCAGGACCUUGAAAUUUAUGUACAGUUCUUUAGAUAGUGCUUUUUGCCAGGUGGAAAAUGUUUCUCGUCUGGAUCAUUUUUUCAACCUGUUCUUCCAGCGUGCACUUCAGCCUACAAGACUCAAGUCAAAUGCCAGUCCCAGUGCUCAACACUAUGAUACCUGCAGUGCGUUGUUCUUAGACAAUCUCCCAGGCUUGCGCUGGCUGACAUUGCCUCAGGAAAUCAAGAUGGAAAUUGACACAGCACUGAGUGAUCUGGAAGCAGCUGACUUUGCAGAGCUGUCUGAAGAUUAUUAUGACAUGAGAAGAUUAUAUAUGAUUAUGGGCUCUUGUCUCUUCUACAAGGGUUACUUGAUUGGUAAUCACUUGCCAAAGGAGGAUCUUAUUGAUAUAGGUUUAUAUUGUCGGCACUAUUGUCUGUUACCCUUGGCAGCAGAGCAGAAGAUUGGUCAGUUAGUGAUAUGGCGGGAAGUAUUUCCACAUCAUCAUAUCCAGCCAUGUGAAGUUUCAAGUUUUACAGGAUACAAGGAACCUGAAGCAAGAUACUUUUUACUGAUAGUUGGCUUGAGACACUUUAUGCUGUGUGUCCUGCUAGAGGCAGGAGGCUGUGCAUCAAAAGCUAUUGGGAAUCCAGGACCAGACUGUAUAUAUGUAGAUCAGGUCAAAGCCACUAUACUUCAACUGGAAGGAAUAGAUGCCGGCAUAGAGGAAAGGCUAGAUUCUCCUUCCAUUCCACCUUUAUCUUGUGCUGACUGGUUCCUUCCUGCAACACGUGACAAACUGGAGAGCUUGACCACCUCACCCAUCCUAAGCAAGCUACAAAACACUUCCAAAUCAGUAACUACUCCAGCAAGCAAAAGGACCCUAUUUGGUGACUCUUCCUUAACGACGCGUAAGCCGAGCCCUACGAGAAACAGCGGAGGACCUGACCAUGGUAAUGAAGGUCCUCCAGAAGAUGAAAGCAGUAAUCCACAAUCUGGAGUGGAUCAGGCCACUAGAAAAAAACACACCCUACCAAAUCCAUUUCAUUUGGGAAACCUCAAAAAGAACCUUUCAGAGAAAGAUACAGAACUUCUUAAUGCUAUCAAGUUGACAUCCGGUCCUGAGAAUACCCUCUUCCACUAUCUAUCUUUGGAAACGAUGCAAGGAAUCUUUAUUACUCCAACUCACAAAGAAGUAGCACGGCUCGGUGGCUCCAUCCACCCUCAAUUAAUUGAGAAUUUCUAUCGUUGCUGUCUUUCAAUUCGUUCUGUUUUUCAGCAGUCCAUGAGGAAAGAAAAAAAGAAAAAAGCAGCCAGUGGGAUUUCAGAAUUUAGUAAGGCAGCUGAGGACCUAGAUCUGGUAAAAGAACAUGGAGUUUUGUUUGAGUGCUCUCCUGAUAACUGGACUGAUCAGAAGAAACCACCACCAACAAUGAAUUACUGGGUUGUGGGGAGACUCAUUCUACAUCCAAAACCUCAGGAGUGUUACGUCUGUUUUCAUGACUCAGUCACAGAAGCUGCUGUUGAACUGGCCUUUAAACUGUCCUUCGGAUUAGCUACAUAGAUGAGUCUCCUGAACAUUCAGCCAUCCUGUAGGGUGUUGUCAUCUUUUUAAAGUACUUCAAUAUAAAGAGAAAUGAACUCAAUUGUGGUGCCCACCCAUGGUGUAUCUUUCAAAUGCUUUUU